CCAGCUUACACAGCCCAUUGCUAUUUUGAUCACCUUCUCUCGACACGCUGCGACAAGAGCAUCCAUGCCAUCGCAAUCCAAUCCGCGUCGCCAUUGAACCCCCGUACAGCACACGUUGGUUGCCUCGUCUUUGUCCAGGUAGCCUUACCGCCGUCUACCGAAUGGUCGCAUCUGCCUCUUCCACCCCGUAUUGAUCCGCGAACAACCCCUCAACCACCAUUCUCACGACGCGAUCGCCAACUGUUGCGCAUACUGUCGGUACACUAUCCUUGCAAACAUGGCCGGGAGACCUCAUGGUCAGGCGUCCCCGUCUGCCAAUUCUGACCUGCUACUGGACUUGGAUGACCAGCCUGUCUACAACUCUGGCAAGCCCCCGCCGACCGACGAUGACCACCUGCUUCUCCACCACAACAUAGACGCAUCCGAUGCCCCUCGCGCUUCAACAAGCUACGAUGACUUUGUGGGCUCCUCUUCGACAGCUGGUCUGCCCGGAGGCCCUGGCGCUCCGAGUACCACUGGCCUACACAUCCCCAUGCACGAAACUAUGGGAAGGCAAUACUCGCAGACUUCCGAACUCAACAACUACCAGCCAUAUUCAGACCUUGACGACAUACCCGAUGACAGAGACUACUAUGCUUCAGGAGGAGGUGUCGAUGAGGACAAUCUACCAGGCUUGCAUGAGACACGCUUCACCAGUCAUGGUCGCAAUAGAAACAGCAUAAUGGGAAUAGGUGGAAGCAUCGUAGAUCGCGCCAAGAACAUGUUUGGUGCCAACACCGGUGGCUAUUCAGAAAUGGAUCUACCCUUGACAGAGGCUGGUGCUCGGUCUUCUCACAUCGCCUCAGGCGGUGUUGAUGCCCUCCCCUCUGCGCCUCCGCCUGCUAAGCGCACUCCGGGCGCAAAGUUCAAGUUUGGUCUUGGUCGCUCAGGUCCGGACCCGAAUGCUUCUGGCCCUCGCAUAAUCCAUCUGAACAAUCCUCCGGCAAACGCCGCGAACAAGUAUGUGGACAACCAUGUCUCGACGUCCAAAUACAACUUUGCUACUUUCUUGCCCAAGUUCUUGUUUGAGCAGUUCUCGAAAUAUGCCAACUUGUUCUUCUUAUUCACAGCCGUCUUGCAACAAAUUCCUGGAGUUUCUCCCACGAGUCGAUACACCACGAUUGUGCCACUGGGGAUUGUCCUUUUGGUUUCUGCUGGUAAAGAAAUGGUUGAAGACUCGCGCAGGAAGUCGCAGGACAGACAACUCAAUACUUCCAAAGCUCGCGUUCUUCGAGGCUCAACUUUCCAGGACAGCAAUUGGAUCGAUAUUGCAGUCGGAGAUGUUGUUCGUGUAGAGUCCGAGGAGCCAUUCCCCGCCGAUCUGGUCUUGAUGGCCAGUUCUGAACCUGAAGGUCUCUGCUAUAUCGAGACUGCGAACCUCGAUGGUGAGACAAACCUGAAGAUCAAACAAGCAAUUCCAGAGACUGCCGAUCUUGUCAGUCCUGCCGAUAUCAGUAGGCUUGGUGGCAGGAUACGCUCUGAACCUCCCAACAGCAGUCUCUACACAUACGAAGCGACCAUGACAAUGCAAUCUGGUGGUGGAGAGAAGGAGUUGCCGUUGAACCCGGAGCAACUCCUUCUACGUGGUGCUACUCUCCGAAACACGCCAUGGGUGCAUGGAAUCGUCGUCUUCACAGGUCAUGAAACCAAGCUUAUGCGCAACGCCACGGCUACUCCGAUCAAGAAGACUGCUGUCGAGCGUCUUGUGAACGUGCAAAUUCUCAUGCUUGGUGGUAUCCUUGUCACACUCAGUAUCAUCAGUUCAAUUGGUGAUCUCGCCAUGCGUGCCUCCUCGGGCGGCAAGAUGUGGUAUUUGGCUUAUACUCGCGUUAAUGGCGGCAAGCAAUUUUUCAGUGACUUUUUCACCAACUGGGUUCUGUACUCAAACCUGGUACCUAUCUCGCUUUUCGUCACCAUCGAAAUCAUCAAGUACUGGCAGGCCAUUCUCAUCAGCUCCGAUCUGGACAUCUACUACGACAAGACAGACACACCCGCUAACUGCAGAACGUCUUCUCUUGUCGAAGAGUUGGGUCAAGUCGAAUACAUCUUCUCAGACAAAACAGGAACGCUUACAUGCAACAUGAUGGAGUUCAGACAAAGUUCCAUUGGUGGUAUUCAAUAUGCCGAUGAAGUCCCCGAAGACAGAAGAUCAACUGGAGAGGAUGGCGACAUGGGCAUAUUUGACUUCACUCGCUUGGAGCAUAAUCGAAGAAACCACCCCUCUGCUGAGAUUAUCAAUCAGUUCUUGACUCUUCUGUCCACUUGUCAUACCGUUAUUCCGGAGACAAGCGCAGAAAAGCCUGGCAAGAUCAAGUAUCAAGCAGCUUCACCCGAUGAGGGCGCUCUUGUAGAAGGCGCGGUCACACUCGGAUACAAAUUCAUUGCGCGCAAGCCACGCUCAGUCAUGAUUGAGGUUUCCGGACAACAACUUGAGUACGAGCUUUUGGCAGUUUGCGAGUUCAACUCUACCAGAAAGCGUAUGUCGACUAUCUUCAGAUGUCCCGAUGGCAAGAUCAGGUGUUACUGCAAAGGUGCCGAUACCGUCAUUCUGGAGCGCCUGGGUGGUGAUAACCCAUUCGUGGAGGCCACUCUGCAACAUCUUGAAGAGUAUGCCGCAGAAGGGCUGAGAACACUGUGUCUUGCCAUGCGUGAGGUUCCGGAGGUGGAGUACAGAGAAUGGCAGCGUGUUUAUAGUGAAGCAGCUACCACUGUUGGCGGCAAUAGAGCGGAUGAGCUUGACAAAGCAGCCGAGCUCAUUGAACACGACUUUACUUUGCUUGGUGCCACAGCUAUUGAGGACAAGUUGCAAGACGGUGUCCCAGACACGAUCCAUACUCUCCAAACUGCUGGCAUCAAGAUUUGGGUCUUGACUGGUGACAGACAAGAAACUGCCAUCAACAUCGGCAUGAGUUGUAAGCUUAUCAGCGAAGAUAUGACUCUUCUCAUUGUCAAUGAAGACAAUGCCGCUGCCACUCGAGACAAUUUGCAGAAGAAGUUGAGCGCCGUACAGAGUCAGUUCCAGGCCGGCAUCACCAUUGAAACUCUGGCGCUUGUUAUUGAUGGCAAGUCUCUGACUUUCGCGCUUGAGAAAGACAUGGAGAAGAUGUUCUUGGAUCUGGCCGUGAUCUGCAAAGCAGUUAUUUGCUGUCGUGUCUCACCUCUGCAAAAGGCGCUUGUGGUCAAGCUUGUCAAGCGUCAUAAGAAAGCCAUUCUCCUCGCCAUCGGUGAUGGUGCAAACGACGUCUCAAUGAUUCAAGCCGCACACAUCGGUAUCGGUAUCUCAGGUGUUGAAGGUCUUCAAGCAGCCAGAUCGGCCGAUGUGUCCAUCGCUCAGUUCCGAUACCUUCGCAAGCUGUUGCUUGUACAUGGAGCGUGGUCCUACCAAAGAAUCUCCAAAAUGAUCUUGUAUUUCUACUACAAGAACACGGCUCUUUUCAUGACACAGUUCUGGUAUUCGUUCCAGAACGGCUUCUCUGGAGAGGUCAUUUUCGAAUCUUGGACGAUGAGUUUCUACAACGUUCUGUUCACGGUUAUGCCUCCCUUCGUCCUUGGCAUUUUCGAUCAAUACGUCUCGGCACGUUUGCUUGAUCGAUACCCUCAGCUCUACCAACUGAGUCAGAAGGGCGUGUUCUUCAGAAUGCAUUCCUUCUUCAGCUGGGUGGCGAACGGCUUUUACCACUCUCUCAUACUUUACUUUGUCUCUGAGCUGAUCUGGUUGUACGAUUUGCCACAAAGCGACGGCAAGAUUGCUGGACACUGGGUCUGGGGAACUGCUCUUUACACAGCCGGUCUGAUCACCACGCUCGGCAAAGCGGCCCUCAUCACCAAUCUCUGGACCAAGUAUACUGUGAUUGCGAUCCCAGGCAGUCUUGCAGUCUGGUUCAUCUUCUUGCCCAUCUACGCGACUGUUGCACCCAAGCUUGGCUUCAGUAUGGAAUACGCUGGCGUUGUCCCCAGACUGUUCCCUAGUCUUGCUUUCUGGUUGACCAUCAUCGUCCUGCCUGUUCUCUGUUUGCUCAGAGAUUACGCCUGGAAGUACGCCAAGCGUAUGUACUACCCUCAAGCCUACCACCACGUCCAGGAAAUCCAAAAGUACAACAUCCAGGAUUACCGACCUAGGAUGGAGCAAUUCCAAAAGGCCAUCCGCAAAGUUCGCCAAGUACAGCGCAUGCGCAAACAGCGUGGUUAUGCUUUCUCGCAGACGGAUGAAUCGCAAGCGAGAGUUUUGCAGGCUUAUGAUACCACGAGGGAAAGAGGAAGAUAUGGUGAGAUGGCUAGUAGCAGGAACUGAAAAAAAGGCACUGCGUUGCAUUGGCAUUGGCAUUGCAAGGGUUCGUUCAACGUGUUUAUAUGCAUAUGUAUGGGAUAUGAUGAAUUCCGAAACGGCGUGUUCUCCACGCCUCUCUCUAUAUCUCUUGCACGUUCUUUUUCAUAUGCAUCGAUGUUUUGAAAGAAUGCCAGAAAGAACGGUGUCUCUGAAAGCAUGAUUGGAAUGUUACUUUAAACCCUAAAAUACAGAGAUUCUACUCGACCACCUUGCUACUCAGACUCCUCUUGCCAACGUCCUCCAGGCAUGAAUGAAGACAGAAAACAACCCUCGCAGCUUCGGCCUCUAGGAGCACACACUUAGGGUAAAACGGCGUUGUUUGGCAUAAGAGCGGACAUCGCAAAAGCGUCAUUCUACU